AGAACUUGCUGCAGCCCUCAGGGCGUUACCCUGUUUUUCCCAGACUUAGUCAAUUUCCCUCAGGAUCAUUGGAAUUUCCGUCUCCAGAUCUUGUUUUAGCAAGUUUCUUUUUCUUUAAAACAGAUGCCUGUACCGUUACACAACAGAUGGCUGUUAUCUAACAGCCUAGUUAGAUCAAGAACCUGACUUUCAACCCCUCAUUCAAAUUCCUGCCUGCAGAAUACAGCUUCCAUCAACAAAGAGGAGACAAUGGAGGUGGAGGACUCACCUAAAGAAACUGAGGAAUGUUGUUACUUGCUGGAACAUCUAAGAUGCUUGCCUUUCAGUGGAAAGGAACAAUUUGGAUAGGAGCACCUAUUAAGCCUCUGAGACCAGGAGGAACAGCAGAGACGCAGCCCUUCGGGACUGCUAGAGAAGAAGCCUGCUCCUUUAACUGUGAUGUUCAGUCUCCGGGAGAAAUUGGAGAUCACUGUGAAGAGAAGCCAGCUAGACCUUUCAUCUGCCUUGAAAACUGCCAAGAGGCCGCACACAGCAGGGAAGAGUCCUGGCGGGCACCACAGUGCCGGAGAUUUCCCUGGGCCCCAUACUGAGCUGAUUACACCGAGAUGCCCCAGAUGGAGAAGGCACAGUUUCCUGCCUUCGCCAGAUGGAAUCCCAGCGACCAUGAGCUUCUACAAGCAAGACUCCGGUGCAGAUAUCCAAGGAAAAGAUAGAAAAACUCGACUUUCUGAAAUUUGUCACAGACAUGCUCGUUGCCUCGUCAUUAUUUUGAUCCUAGUAAUAAUUGUCGUUUUACUUCCUUUUAUUUUGACAGUAAGAAAAGAAAAAACAGUCUCAGAAGUCCAUGUGCAUCCUGCCUGCCCACCACCGUGGAUUGGAUUUGGAAACAAGUGCUUUUAUUUCUCUGAAGACAUGGGGAACUGGACAUACAGCCAGACUUUCUGUAACUCAUUGGGAGCUGAUCUUGUUCAGAUUGACUCCGUAGAGGAACUGACAUUUCUGAAAAGAUACAAAGGCCCUGAUGACCACUGGAUAGGCCUUGAAAGGGAAUCGCCAAGUCACUCUUGGAAAUGGAUAAAUGGUACUGCACUCAACAGUGUGUUUCAGGUCACAGGAACUGGGGAGCAUGCCUACUUGAAUGAGAAAGGUGUGAGCAGUGGCAGGAUUUACUCAGAGAGAAAAUGGAUUUGCAGCAAACCCAAUGUCUCCACUCGUCAAAUUGCUUCAAACUCAUGAGCAGAAAAGCCACUUUGUGCUUGUUAUCUACAGUUGCUGAAUGCUCUUCUCAAAGUGUUGACCUAAACAUGUGUAAUACCAGUUGACAGCAAAGAUGAAAAUUAAGUCAGGGAGAAUCGCAGGGAACCUUCCCACACCAAAAUGAAACAAUUUGGGAUAACAUCAUUCUAAAUUAAAUAGACCUUUAGGUAGGAGUUAAUACUUGUAACUUGAACCCAGAGAAAAAGUCAGUAUCACUGUGGGGAUCUAGCCCAGGACAGAGCACAGGAAUCUAUUUAGCUUUCUUAAGACUCUUUUUACAGGAGCCCGCAUUCUAGAAUAACUUGAUUUUCUGCCCCUGAGCAAGGAAUUCAGAUACAGGCACCCCAGUUUGCAAGAAGGGUGGUGGUCAGACCAGAUAACCAGACCCAUAUCACAAGACCCAGGACUGCCCCCAGAACCGGGACAUUCUUGAAUAUUGGCGCAAAUACUGAUCUCUAAAACCAUAGGCUAAGGAGUGAUGUCCUUUUAAAUGGAUUGGUUAAGAAAGUUUGCAAUAUUACAAAUCUAUUGGCUAUGAAAUGCGCGGGCUCUGCUGUAACGGCCGGGGAAGGCCUAUAUAAGAUCUCCUUUGGAGAAGCUCGGGGUCUUUUGCCCAACCUGCUGGACCUGCGUGUCCGUGUAGGCAGCUGGACCCUGGCUAGCCAGUUUUACAAUAAACCCUGCUUGCUGUUUGCAGUCUCUGGAGUCUCUUUGUCGUUAUAGGGAGAUCUCGAUCCGCGCCCUAACAUUUGGAGGCCCCAGCGAGAUCUCCCAAUGGCAAACGGGCCCAGAGAGCAGGUCAGAAAAAGGCCAUAAAUUUUGGGGAAUAUUCCAUUUGGUUUCGGGGGAAGGUGCCCCCAUUUGGACCGCGGCAGGGAAGUGGCCAACCCUGAUUGGGAGGACAGAUGGUAUUUGGGUCCUCAUUUGGUUUUGGUAACCUGGUGCCAGGUGCUGAUUUGGAAAGGCUGACUCCACUGAACAUUCGGACCACGUGGACGCCCAUCGGGCAGUUUGGGAGUCUCAGUGUGAACAUGGUGAGUGGGGUGCGCACCCGAGUGAAAUAGGACCGGUCCGAGCGAGUGCAGGAGUGUGAUUUGUGCGUGUGCCCUUAGUGUGUAUAUAUUUGUCUCAUUAUCUUUCUCUUAGUUCUGCUUAUUAUUAUCAGAGCAGAGAAGGCAGGAAAUGCAAGAUCAUGUGGUUGAGUGUUUAAUAAUAUCAGGAAUGAAAAUGUAUGUCGUUAAGGUGGUCUAUCCUCUUGGUUGAUAAGAAGAUACUAGCUCCCUGCCUCAGAAGUAGUCUUGACCUUAAAAUUGUAACAUCUGACAACUUAGGUUUCAACAACUUUGUCAUGGAUUGUUUUGCCGGCUUCUAUCAACAAAAGUGCUUUCUUGACCCGUUUUUAACAAGCAGGAAACUGGAUGGCGAGGCAGAGAAACGGGGAGCAAUGUUCCCAAUCGGCCGACAGGGCUUAACUUUGCCCUGGGGACUUGUUCCUUCCUUUCUCAGUCUAUCAGUUUUUUCCCUGCCAUUUUUGAAGUGUCAGAUGGGUGGAUCAACUGCAGAUGUGUGCACAUGUAGUGGUGUUUUUAGUCAGUCCAUUGUCUGUCUGUCUGUCUCUCUAUGUGGAACACUUGAGUGCUGGAGCCAGAGUGAAAAUCAGUAGUCAAAAUUAGGCCUGGGGAAAGCAGGAUCAUCUCAAGAGAUCAGAGUGAUAUGCAGUUCAGCAAUUUAAAGGAUCUAUGUGAUUUUGGAACCUGUUAGAUCAGGUUUAAACAAAGAUUUCUUAUCAGAAUGUGGAGCCUAGAAAGAAAGCAAAAUUCUCAAUCUAGAUUUCUUACUGGAAGAACAUUAAUGGCUGUUAACAGUUGUAAUUCUUUUGAAAUUCAGAAUCUGUACUAUCUAGGAAGAGCUGCAGAAGUAGUGCCUAAAACUAAAGUGAAGUAAGAGUUCAGAGGAUAUAAGGCUUUAUCUUUCAAGCCUCGGCCAAUUUUAAGGAGGAAUUUAGCUGUUUUACAAUCAACAGAGGUACAGAAGCCAUCAAAAUAAACAGUUUUCUUAUGUUUCCAUAAAAAUUGACAGCCCAAGUAUUUGGUUAAGAAAAGAAAAACAACUAACGGGCUCUUUCUGUGUCUAAAAGCAUGUUUCUAUUGUGGAAUUGUUAAAGUUAGAAAGCUCAUGAUUUGAAGUAACUAAGGUAUAAGAACUAUUGAACUUAAGCCAAAGAAGGUUUUCCUAUGCUUCAUAGAAAAUGAUGGUUUAAGGGUUUUGUUAUGCUAGUGUGUUAAUGUAUAUAUAUUUGUUUGUAUUUAUACUGUAUUAUCUGAAUGUGACUAGAAAUUAUUGUGGUAUACUAAAACAAGUUUAAAGAGUAAUGAGUUUAAAAUGUGAGUUUCUAAAGUUACAAAAUUGGUUGCAAAAUUUUUAUCCUAUCAAAGUUUAAAGAUAUUAGGCUUUCACGUGAAUCCAAGCGGCUGCCCCCGACCCCUCCCCCUUCUCAGCUGAGGCAAGUGAGAGCUGAGAAUGGUGACAUAUCACAAUAUUAUGCUGAUUCCAGUCCUGAAAUUAGGAAGUUAAUAUCUAAGUGCUAGAAGUUUUGAAUGCUUUUUGAAUUGGAAAUAUCCAAAAUAUGUAUAUAUAUAUGUAUUUGUGGCAAGAAAGAAUUUAAGUUUUAAAGCAUUCUGGCAGAAAAAUUUUGUCUCAAAAAUUAUGAAAAGGAAUAUUUGAUCUUCAUACUAAGAAAAAUAUAGAUGAUUUAAAAUUUUGUUCCCUUUCUCUAAACUUUUGUAAUUUUCAAGGAUUGUUUAGAAAUACAAGCUUAAACUGCAUAUGUGACUAUUUCAAUUGUGUACUGGAAAGAGAGUAAAAACUGAGGUUAGAGUCAUUUAAAAGAAAAUAAAAUACAAAAUGCAGCCCACUGGAAGUGAUGAAGUGGGCAAAGGUUGAAGGAGUAUGUAGGUUAAUGAAAUAUAUGAAUCUUGUGAGUAUUUUAAGAAUUUGGGAUCCUAUGUUAUAAGAUCUUUAAUUAUGAACCUUUUGAAUAUCUAUGGGAUUGAUGUAAUGCUUUUAAAAGAUUACUGCAGAGUAUCGCUUAGUCAUGGUAAUUGGAAUAAUGAUUAGCAACUUGUUUCCAAAUUUCUUGGUAGAUGUAACUAUAUUAAGUUCAAUAAAAAUAAGGUUAAAACCGGAGAGAUAUGACAACAAGUAAGGAAUGGAAGUGUGUAUUCUAAGUAAAUAGGAUGAUGGAUGGAGAUAUCAUUAGUGGACAGAAAAUAAAAGGGGGGGAAAGGAAUCCUGUAAAAGUGAAACUGGUUUCGAGGAACAGGACAGAAUGAAUGUAAAGGAAUGUGUAGAAGGCUUGAGUAUGUGGAGAAAUAUGUGUGUAGGUUUGAGGUUGUGUUUUAAGAAAGAAGACUGUAAUCAAACUAUACUGUUAUAAGAAACUACUUAAAUUAUCUGAAGAAUAGUUCGAGUAUAAGACUCCUGUUACAGUGCUCUUAGAUAAUUGAAAAUCAAGGCUUUUAAGUUGGGACUAAAUAAGUUAGAUCUGAUGUUGUUAAACUGUAUAGUCUAUCUCUACAGAACAUUCAUUUGACUGGGACCCAUAGUAAAUGGGUAGAUCUCAUUGUGAGUAAGGGAAAUGUUUGCUUUUCUCUCCUCAGUGCCAUGAAACAUUAAGGUAUUAUGUUUGCAUAAACCCAGACAAGAGUUUUUCCUCUCUGCAAUAGGGUCUAUCCUGGAGCAGACAGGAAAACCAGCUAUGGGACCCCAAAAACCCUCCUUCAGGGAAGGAGUCAGGGGAUUGGUCUAAAUGACUGGAGCAGGUAUUUAACAGUUAUUGUUUCAAGUGCUCUACUAACCUCAGGGAGACCCUAACGGCAGGCUGGCUCAAGGAAGGACUGGACAUCUCUGUGCCAUGGAAAAUGAGGAAGCUGGAAAUCUGCAAUGACUGACUCAGCCUGAGCCUCACCCUCCAUGUAUGGGAUGAGCUCCUGACUGCCGGAUACUCCUAUGGAGGAGGGUGAGAGGCCUGAGGCCACAUUCCGUUCAACCUGAAGGCUCUACCUUUAAGUUCAUCGUGGGACCUGAUCUUCACAUCUUAUGGCCAAGCCUGGGGUAUCCCUGACGUGAGUUAAGAACAUUAAACGCCAUUAUUGGUGUGUUUCCUGCUCUGUCUUUGACCAGUUCCUAGGACUUCUCAGUAAGUAAUGGGGUACCCCAAGUGGAGAGUUCUCAAAUCUUGCUGUGCUUAUGCAAAAGAGCAAGCCAGAUUUAUUAAGCUGUCUGGCAAAUUUAAAAUGGAGGAGGAGAGAAAACCAUGCUUCUGUAAUUUGCCUCUUUUGUGAGAAUCAGAUUCUAGUUAUACAAAGGUGAUUGAAUAAUUGGGUAAUUUAGUAAGUAAGAUGUCUCAUCUAUAAAGAUACUCAAUGUUGUGCAUGUUGUCACCAGUCUGGCCAGAAAAGCAGGAGCCAGAGCUUUACCAAACUGGGGGAACUUCAGCUUAAAGUAUCAAUUGCCUCUCCCAACCUGUAAAUUGAUUCAAGAACUGAGAGUGGUGAUCUAAAUCAGUUCUAAGUAUUCAUUCUUAGUACAUAACAGCUCUCAAUUCUUGUUUCAUCAUGGGGUUAAUAGCCCAUUACAGAAUAGCUCCCCUAAGCCAGAACACCCUGCAGAAGAGGAAGAAUAGGUAUUGGAGCAAGGUUUCCAAAGGGACGCUGAAAAUUACAGACCCCUAGACUAAGAAAGUGAAAUACUGAAGAGAUGAACAGGGCAGUAAGAAGUAAGUAACUCAGAACCGUGCCUCCUAUGCCAUUGAUAAUUGGUUCUUGUGCCCUGAGUGCUUGAGCAUUUGGCAUUUGUUCUUCUGCCUCCAAGAUUUGGUCAUUUCAAAGUAGCAUUUCCUAGACUAAGUGAUGUGAUUUUUCAAAUUCAUUGCCUGGGGCCCACUAAAAACUAAGGCGGCCUGAGAUUCCACCCCUUGUGCAGGCAGGGUCAGCAUCCCUGUGUCAGCAGGAAGCAGUUCCUGAAGAUGGACCUUCGACCAUUUUCCCUUAAAGGAUUAAAGGUGGUGGAAUCUCUGGGGUAAUGUGAAAGAUAGAUUAAGGAAGCCCAUCCCACCUUGAAAAUCCCAACUGCCCUGUUGUGAGUGUGAACCCCAUUAAUGGAGGAAUUCUGCUCCCUUUGGAAUUCUUUUGGGUCAACUGCCACUAUUCCAACUUAGCCUUGAAAUGGAAGUGUAGGCCAAAAUGUAUGAUCUCUCUCUUUUCCAGUUAUUACUAGCCUUUACAGGUGUCAAGGUCCAGCUCCAUGCGUGGCUCGGAUCACACUGCCAGAGUGAACUUCUCAUCUGUAUGCAUUGAGUCAUCUGGUUUGAAUCAGGUGAUAAGAACUGCCACCUGAGAACCUCAGUGGAGGGGUCUUCACACUGUGAUCCUGAACACACCAUCUGCUUUGAAGGAGGAUGGAAUCAAAAAGGCUGCCUCCCCUCUUGGAAUCAGAAUGACAUCGACUAGUGGCAUGUCCAGACAACGGGAGACGACCCCCUCAAGAUAAGACUGAUGAAAGUGACUUAAAGGAACCAUGGGAAGGGCAUGGGUAAUUCUCUGUUUCUGUAUGCUCGUAGUGGAAGCUGUAGAGCGAGCUCCUUACCUGCCCCAGUUUUGGCACUGGGUAGUUUUUGAUAUUGAGGCAUGUAAAAUUAACCUUGGUCUUUGCCAGUUAUGACCUAUGUUGGGAUGUGUGUUUGAUCAGGGACCCAUUGAGCCUACUGUAACUAGAACUAUACAGUGGCCUCCCAGCAUCUAUACUACAGGUUAGCUAGAAGAAUCCCUAUACUGGGCCCCAACAAUACUUGGCUUGCUUGUAUGUAACCCCUUGCUUGUUCCCCUCCUAUCUUGUAAUAGAAAGCAAACUGGGAAAGCCAACUUGUUUACCCUGAUCCCAUCCCACCAGGGACCCCAGUACCCCUGCUUUUUGUUUCUGAGCACAACCCCCUUGCAACCAGAAUAAGGUAGUAGUAUUUGUUAGGGAUCUUGUUAAUGCAGUGCAACUGCUGGUUCUGAGACAGCAAUACCAGCCUCUAACACUGGCAGUGCCCAGGGAAGGGCAUCCUUCAGUCUAGAGGCUGGGCAUAGAGAAAGAUUCCUCAAUAUGUAGCAGGGAAAGGGAGAUAUGUGAGGAUCUAGCCCAGGACAGACCACAGGAAUCUAUUUAGCUUUCUUAAGACUCUUUUUACAGGAGCCCGCAUUCUAGAAUAACUUGAUUUUCUGCCCCUGAGCAAGGAAUUCAGAUACAGGCACCCCGGUUUGCAAGAAGGGUGGUGGUCAGACCAGAUAACCAGACCCAUAUCACAUGACCCGUAUCACAAGACCCAGGACUGCCCCCAGAACCGGGACAUUCCUGAAUAUUGGCGCGAAUACUGAUCUCUAAAACCAUAGGCUAAGGAGUGAUGUCCUUUUAAAUGGAUUGGUUAAGAAAGUUUGCAAUAUUACAAAUCUAUUGGCUAUGAAAUGCGCGGGCUCUGCUGUAACGGCCGGGGAAGGCCUAUAUAAGACCUCCUUUGGAGAAGCUCGGGGUCUUUUGCCCAACCUGUUGGACCUGCGUGUCCGUGUAGGCGGCUGGACCCUGGCUAGCCAG